CCUCUCUUAUGUGUUUCUGUUCUUUCUUGAUUCUUUGAAAAUUUCAUGUAAUCCUUAUUGUUACUAUCUUGUUUUAAUCCCAUUCACACGCUUGUAGAGAUUUUUGUGAAGGAGUUUUCUAAGGUUCAACCAAAGAUGCAGAACGAGGAAGGACAGAUCACCGAGCUUUACAUUCCUAGGAAGUGUUCUGCUACAAACAGGUUGAUUACUGCGAAGGACCAUGCUUCGGUUCAGAUUAACAUUGGUCAUGUGGAUGAGAAUGGUAUCUACAAUGGUCAAUUCUCCACCUUUGCCCUUUGCGGCUUCAUCCGUGCUCAGGGUGAUGCCGACAGUGCCCUAGAUCGCUUGUGGCAGAAGAAGAAAACUGAAGUUAAGCAACAGUAGACGCCCAUGUUACUUUGUUAUGUAUUAAUUUUUACUAAUGCGUUGAUUGAGGCUUUUGAUAAUUAAAUUACGCUUUUAAACUAAUUUAAAUUAAUUUUAUAUUUAUUGGCAAA